CAGUGUGCCCCCAGCACUCAGAGGGCACCUCGGGGCACCCCCACACCUCCUGGCCACAGAUCCCUGUGCAGAGCCAUGGCAGGGGACGGGGAGCUCAACCGUGUCAUCAAGGACUUGCAGAAGACUGUGGCUGAGCUGAACUGCAGCUACCGGGAGCAGAACCUGCCGGUGACGGAUGGGAGCCGGGAGCUGCACAGCCUCUGUGCCCAGCUGGAGUUCCUCCUCCAGUUCGACCUCAAGGAGAAGAGGAGCUUCUUUGGGCAGCGCAGGGACUACUGGGACUUCUUGUGCCAAGGCCUGGCACGGUGCCGGCAGGAGCACGAGGGCGUUCACUUCGUCACCUCCCUGGACAAGCUGAAGACUCCUGUGGGCAGGGGCCGAGCCUUCCUGCGGUACUGUCUGGUGCACCGGCAGCUGGCAGAGUCCCUACAGCUCUGCCUCCUCGACCCCGAGAGCCUGCGCGAGUGGUACUACGCCCGCAGCCCUUUCCUGAGCCCCCAACACCGGGCGGAGAUCCUGGGCAGCCUCUAUGAGCUGGACUGUGUCACCUUCCACCUGGCUCUGCACAGGGACGACCUGGACACCGCCUGGCCCAUGUUCUCUGAGUCGCUGGUACGGCCCAGCUCGAUGACCAGGAGUGGCCCAGCAAAGACAGCCCCGCAGACAGACAACACCAGCACUGGGGCACAUACAUGGCCCGAUGGCAUCGCCCAUCCUAUCGUGGCACCCUGUGGGACACCAGCUCACCCAUGUCCACACACCUUGUCUGCCCUGCGGGCAGGGGAUGUAGAGGUGGAGGACAUGGAGGGGGGUGUGGAAAACACGGAGAUGAAGAAGGACAUGAAAGAGGAGGACGAAGAGGAAGUGGAAAAGGAUGAAGACAAGGAUACAGAGGAGGAGAUGGAGAAUGUGAAGGUGGAUGUGGAGGAGGACGUGAAGGAGGAUUUGGAAGAGAAGGAUGAAAAGGAGUUGGAGGAUGUAGAUGUAGAGGAACUGAAGGAUGCACAUGGCUCUGGCAAAUCACCUCAGCCUGAUGGUGCCAGUGAGCCUGGCACUACCCCACUCAUUGGCAUGAGGUGCACUCUGAGUUCUCCAUCACUGGUGCCCAGGCAGCCAGGUGGAAUGGAGGCAUCCCUGCAGGCACUGGUGUCCCAGCUGAGGGCUGAGCUGGGUCAGCAGAAAGUGGCAGUGCGGGCACUGGCAGCACGGCUGGCACGGGCAGAACUGCGGCACCAGCAGCAGGAGGAGGGCAGUGCCCAGCGGGCCCAGCUGUGGGCACAUGAGGCUGAGGCACUGAGGGAGACCAACGCCUUCCUGGAGCAGGCACUGGAGACGGUGGUGGCAGCAGGGUGCCCGGGGGCACUGGCACAGGCACAGGAGGAGGCAAGGGGCUGGCAGGAGGUGGCGGAGGAGAGGGGCACCCAGCUGGCUGAGGUGCUGGCAGAGGGGGCAGCGCUGGCCUCACGCCUGCGGGAGUGCCAGGCAGCACUGGUGGCAGCAAGACAGACAGACAUCCUGGGGCAUGCUGGUGCCCCAAAUGAGGUGGCCGUCGUGGAGGAGGUGCUGCGGCAAGCACUGGAGCUCGCCUGUGGUCCCCAGGAGCCCUCACUGGACCCCCAGGCAGAGGGGAAGCCCAGCACAUCUGCCAGCAUGGCCAUGCGCUUGGCCAGCCUGGUCACUGCAGCGCGGGAGGAGACAUGGCAGAGCCGGCAGCAGCUCCAGGCCCAGCGACAGGAGGUGGCACGGUUGCAGGAGGAGCUCAGCAGGGCCCGGCAGGACGGUGAGCGCUGGGCAUCAGCGCUGCAGCGGGCACAGCGGGAGGCCCUGGAGCGGGAGGCCAUGCGUGGCGCCGAGCAGGCGCGGCAGCAGGAGCUCAUCCGCGACAUGAAGGAGCGGCUGCUGGAGUUGCUGCGGGAGAAGGAUGCCCUGUGGCAGAAGACAGAGGGCAUCGACAGCCCCAUGCCCGGCCCAGCACCCCGUGACACAGGGCUGUGCUCCCGCUGCCACAAGGAUUUCCGCCUCCUCUCCCGGCGGUACAGCUGCAGGCUGUGCCAGGGCAAGGUGUGCCACGCGUGCUCCAUGGACUUUGGCAAGCAGGGCCGCUGCUGCCUGAUUUGUUACCAGCAAAGGCACCCACAGGCUACAUGA